CAGCGGCCCCUCGGUGCGCCCGGCCGGUACCCGAGCGCGGCAGCGGGAGCAUGAGCGCGGGCUCGGAGCGCGGGGCGGCGGCGGCCCCCGGGGUGGUGCCCGCGCCCUGCGCCUCGAAGGUGGAGCUGCGGCUGAGCUGCCGGCACCUGCUGGACCGCGACCCGCUCACCAAGUCCGACCCCCGCGUGGUACUGCUGCUGCAGGCGCAGGGCCAGUGGGUGCAGGUGGACAGAACCGAGGUGGUCCGGAGCAGCCUGCACCCUGUGUUCUCCAAGGUCUUCACGCUCGACUACUAUUUUGAGGAGGUGCAGAGGCUGCGCUUCGAGGUCUACGACACCCACGGGCCCAGCAGCCUCAGCUGUCAGGAUGACGACUUCCUGGGGGGCAUGGAGUGUACCUUGGGGCAGAUUGUGGCCCAGAAGAAGAUGACCCGGGCACUGUUGCUGAAGUUUGGCAGGCACGCCGGCAAGUCCACCAUCACGGUGAUUGCCGAGGACAUCUCCAGGAACAACGGCUACGUGGAACUCUCCUUCCAGGCCAGGAAGCUGGACGACAAGGAUCUCUUCAGCAAGUCUGACCCCUUCCUGGAGCUGUACCGGAUCAACGACGACCAGAGCGAGCAGCUCGUGUACAGGACGGAGGUGGUGAAGAACAACCUCAGCCCAGUGUGGGAGCCCUUCAAGGUGUCGCUGAGCUCCCUGUGCAGCUGCAAGGAGGCGCGGCCCCUGAAGUGCCUCGUCUGGGAUUAUGACUCCCGCGGGAAGCACGACUUCAUUGGAGAAUUCUCCACCACCUUUGAGGAGAUGCAGAAGGCCUUCGGGGAGGACCAGGCCCAGUGGGACUGCGUGAACGCCAAGUACAAGCAGAAGAAGCGAAAUUACAAGAACUCAGGUGUGGUCAUCCUGGCAGACCUGAAGUUCCACAGGGUCUAUUCUUUCCUGGACUAUAUCAUGGGCGGCUGCCAGAUCCACUUCACCGUGGCCAUCGACUUCACGGCCUCCAAUGGCGACCCCCGGAACAGCCGCUCCCUGCACUACAUCAACCCCUUCCAGCCCAACGAGUACCUGCAGGCGCUGGUGGCCGUGGGCGAGAUCUGCCAGGACUAUGACAGCGACAAGAGGUUUUCUGCUUUGGGGUUUGGAGCCCGGAUCCCUCCCAAGUAUGAGGUGUCCCACAACUUUGCCAUCAAUUUUGACCCCGAGGACGAUGAGUGUGAAGGAAUCCAGGGUGUGGUGGAGGCCUACCAGAACUGCCUGCCCCGGGUCCAGCUCUACGGCCCCACCAAUGUGGCGCCCGUCAUCUCCAAGGUGGCCUGCAUGGCAGCGGCCGAGGAGCACACCGGGGAGGCCUCCCAAUACUACAUCCUGCUGAUCCUGACGGACGGUGUGGUGACCGAUAUGGCAGACACGCGGGAGGCCAUCGUGCGUGCCUCCCACCUGCCCAUGUCCAUCAUCAUCGUGGGGGUGGGCAAUGCUGACUUCACCGACAUGCAUGUCCUGGAUGGGGAUGACGGCGUCCUGCGCUCCCCAAGGGGCGAGCCCGCACUCCGUGACAUCGUGCAGUUCGUGCCCUUCCGGGAGCUCAAGAAUGCAUCCCCAGCAGCGCUAGCCAAGUGUGUGCUGGCCGAGGUGCCCAAGCAGGUGGUGGAGUUCUACAGCCACAAGGAGCUGCCUCCGCGUGGCCUCGGCACCCACGCCCGAGCAGCCGGCCCAGGCUCAGCCCCGUGAGGACACCCCGAGAGAGAGGGCGGCCAGGAGGCGUCCCGUCUCCGUCUCCAGCACCCUUGGGGCCCCUUAGCACCCCUCAGAGGCCUCCUGUCCCCCAGCCCAGGCCCGCCCCUCGUCCUCCCACGCUCCUGCUGCCGGGGUCAGCCUCCAGGCCUCCAAGGUGCGGGAUGAACAAACCCAGGCCCGUGGGGAGUCCUGAAGCAGGAGCUGCAGUGUGGGGCUCACAGUGGCGCCAUGGCUGGCCCUUCCCAGCUGGGCGGAUGUGGGAAGGAGGUCCUGGGAGCUGGAGGGGCCUCCAGCUCAGCUGGGGGUAGGACCUGCUCCUGAAUGAAAAGACGGGUGUGGAGCGGGGGUUCCUGCUGUUCAGCCGAUCUUUGGUAGGCAGCGUUCGGUCAGAGAAAACACCCCUGUCCCGUCCCCACAGGCAGAUUCCUCUUUGUCC